GACACUGUUUUGCUCGAUUGAAAAAUAUGGGCCAAAAGGAUUUUCCCCCAGCGUCACGGUACACAGUUGAGAGGAUUUGUGGUUACAUCUGCACAGACGAAUGAGGCAGCUUAUCCUACUUUGUACAACUGUACUAUUACUACUGCUUUCCAGCACGCCGCGAGCCAACGCACAAGAUGAGGACGAUGAUGAGGACGAGCAGGUCGAACCUGACCAGACUGAAGAUUUUUCUGAGGAGGAUGAAGACUCUGAACAACAGAUGAACAAACCUGCGUCUUACAUGGAGCCAAGCAUAAGUCCGGCAGGCUUUGUUCACUCGAACAAGUGGCGGCGGUUUAGGGACCGCCUCGACCCUACCACGCUUCGUGGCGAUACUGCGCCUGAGAGGUCAUUUCGAAAUCUUGUCAGACAUUACUAUGAUGUCACAGAAGAAAGCUAUCCGAAACCCGAAUGAUAACACGGAGAACGCGUGGAGACUGACUGCUCGUUAAGGGAACGCAUCUCGCACAUGGUUGUUAUAUGCCUGGAGUUGGUGUGUGAUGUCCUCGUAGAGACGACUGCUUCUGGCGUGCUGCUGUCACAACUCCACACGCAAGCAUUGUUGUUCGACAAAACCGGAACAAAAGAGUGUACUGUGGUUCGCCGGAAGAGCGACGUGAGUAAUGCAAGUACUCUCUCGAGUGAAGCUAAGGGAGGCGACUGCCGAACGCCAAGCA